UCCUGGGGACCUCGCGGACACCUUUGGGGAAUCCCAGGUCGCAAAUCCGUGGACCUCGGCGUCAUGGCCUUUAUUUUCAGACAUUAUGUGGAAAAUUUAUUUCAAGAUAUUAUCUGGAAAUUUUUUUUCUAGAUAUUAUUCGGAAAUGCCGAUUUUUUUACUCCAGAUAUUAAUCUGGAAUUUGACUAUUUUUAGGUAUCAUCUGGAAAAAGUAGAAAUUUCCAGACAAUAUCUGAAAAAAAAAACGGCUAUUUCCAGAUAAUAUUUGUAAAUGCGAAAAAAUAUCUGGAAAUUUCCAGACGUCACUCUGACCGAGUUCCAAUUUAUAUUUGCAGCCUCUUUUUUUGCACAGCUUGCCACGGCUGCCAAGCAUUUUACAAAAUUUACCAACAAUAAUAUUUAAUUCUUUUUCCAGCUUGUUUUCAUUUUGUUUAAAACUGCAAGAUGGUGGAAAAUGAAGAUGAAGAAGAAGUUGUCGGCAUUGACCUGGGCACGAGCUCCAGCAAAGUGGCCAUGUUCGUGGAUGAUGAUUUGGUUGUCCUCGAAAAUGACCUUUUUAAGAGGUCCACUCCUUCAUGUGCUACUGUGCCAAGUAAUGAUUCUUCUUUGGACUGGGUGGUUGGCGAAGCUGCUUUAAUGCAGGCAGUUGUCUAUCCGGAGCUUACAAUGCAAGGUACGAAGCAGCUCUUGGGGAAUCCCUGCCAAUCUGACCCAACUUUGCAGCAAGCUAUUGUUGAAAUAAUGAAGCACUUAGUGGCAAUACCACAAGGCAAGACAGUCGUUAGUGCAGCAAUAUCUGUCCCGGCUUACUUCAAUCAAAUGCAACGGAAAAGUUACCUUGACGCAGGUACUUUAUAUGAAUUAAAUGAGUACUUUGAAUAUAAUGACUGUAAAAACAUAUGUUUUGAGUUCAUGGGUCUCACUAACUGUCAUUUUAAGGCAUUUGUGAUUUUUGGUUAUUACAGCUUUUGAAACGUGUCUUCAGAAAAUAAUUAUUGUAGACGACAUAUCAGCUGCAUUAGCAGCAUACGCACGAACAUGUAAAGAAAAGAAGACUGUUGUGAUUGUUGACGUUGGUGCUGGAGGAAGUAAUGUUGCUAUUGCAUCAGUUAAAACGUCUGAAAUAUUUAUAAUUGAGAUGUCAAGGAAGCGUUUACCAGGAGGUGACCAUUUUAAUGAAAGAAUGGUAGAAUAUAUCAAGAAGGUAAGAACACAGGUACUGAAUGAAACUGCCUUUGCAACGGAACGUCAUAAAACUACUUUUAUUUGUUUCAGCGUGUAAGUGCCAAAACACAUGCUGCCACGUUUGAUUGUCGAGACACUACAAUUAUACGACGGUCUUGGGAAAAGGCUAAGCACACUCUCUCGAUGAUUCCCACGACUAAUGUCAAAACAUUUUUACCUGGCUUGGACUUUGAAGUGGAUGAAGAAGUCAGCCGCAGUCAAUUUGAAACAGAAUGCAAAGAUCUGUUUGGUGCUAUAUUGAAUGAGGUCCAAGACACUAUGCAGGGAUCACAUGUAAGAACCUCAUCUUAGUUACCUUUCCCACUGAUUAGUAAUGUAAUAACAAUACAAGUUUAAAAGUAUAAAUAGUAUAAGUCAAGACACUUUCAUGAUGCAAAAUCACACAGCACUUUGAGUCCCGCAUAAGUUAAGUGUUGACUGUAUGCACGUGUUAAUUGGAAUGUUACACCCUAUUUUUUUUAAAAUGUAAUUUGUUAAUUAAACGUUAACCAAGAGGAAACACACAAAACAUUAAGCCAGGUGUACACAUUGGAACAAUUGUAAUGUGUAUCUGCUGACACGCUUUUUUUUUUAAGGUAACUCUGGAGGGAAUAGACAAUUUGGUUCUAGUCGGUGGCUCAACACGAGUGCCAUAUAUUCGCCAGUUGUUUAAAUCCUUUUCGAAAGAUAAAUUUAAGUUAUUUGACGUUGACGAGGCUGUAGCCAAAGGACUAGCUUUAAUAGGCAGCAACAAAAUUAGUUUUGAACAACCGCCAGAAGAUAGAGAUUGGCUUUGGUACGCUGGUAAUCCAAUUUUCAUGCCCACUAACAACAGUGAUGGAUUUAUGAGGCAGCAGCAACAAUGUACGUACACCUACUCCAUUCCUUUAACAUAAUUUCCUAAUUACCAUUUGGGAUUAUUGGUAAACCAUUGAAAAUACUUCGUAAUUAUUGGAAACUUUGUUACCUAGCAUACUGCAGUGCCAUCCUAAUUUAUGACUUUGCCAUUCCUUUAAAAAUCUCUUUUUUUUACAGAUGGUGCUGAUUUAAUGAAUCCCAUGUGUUAUAGGGGAUUACCAUUUUCCAAUUUUAUGCCAUUUGAUUUUAUGACGGUAAACACGGAAAACUGCUUUUACACUCCACGUAGUGACCAAGGUACUUGUUUGCAAUGUUCCAUGUUGUGUAAUUCUUCAGGAACCAUUUUAAAAUAUUUUUUUUCAUUUUUUUAGCUCCAUUUCCAAAUUGUAUUGGUACCAGCAGUAUCUCCGAAGAGGUUUCCGAAAACUACAGCAUACCACCAAAGUCUCAUUUCAAAAUAAGUGCAGUGCAAGAUGGCACAAAACCCAAUGUGCCAAUUUCAAAUGAGGAAUCAAACGCUCAGUUGGGUAAUGGCACUGCUUCAGAAACUAUUCAAGAAAACUGUACCAAUGAUUUGACAAUUCAUGACUUGGGCGGCAAUGACGAAGUCAGAGGGAACCCACCAGGAACACAUCACAUGGAGUCCAAACAACCAGAUAAUAAUGAAAGUUACCCAGACGCGAAUGAUGUUGCUGGUCCCAAUACAACCACAAACCUUGAUAUUGAUGUGGGACCAGAUACCUCUAACAACUUGGACAAGAAUGAAGGUGAAGAAAGCCGUAAGUAUCUUUGGACAGUGCAUUUAUAGACACCGGUGCAUUUAUAUCGGAGGGACGGGCGGCAUGUAGUAUGAUUUAGGCUGUGUGGCCGUCCGUCCCGAGGUCCGUCCGUUCCAAGGUCCGUCCAUCCCGAGGUCCGCCGUCCGAGAACCUCCCGUGGUCCGAUCUUUACUAAAUCUUGUAUGCAGAAUCCUUGGCUGACUCACCUGUUGUCAGCAAAUCCUAUCCGAGCCUUGGGGGGCGCUACUGCAUGUGCAUGGUCUACUUGGGGUCAGGGAGAAUUUUUGUGACGGAUACAACUAGAAGGGCAUGUUGUUGUAUUUUUGGAAUCAGGGCGAUGAGACAGAGCCAACGGUACAAGUUGCGAUAGAAUCAAAGUUUGGACCAUGUUUUAAUGCCAGUUGGUGAAAUUGGCUCAUUUCUAAAUGUAUGCGAUGGGCCACAGUUGCCAAUGUCGCUUAUUUUCCAACGUGUCUUUUUUAAAUUUGUAAUUAAAACCAGAGUAAAAAUGGGACAUAAACUUGCGUAGAAAUCAAAAAAUUAAGAAAAAAUUGCUUUGUAAAUGCGAUUGACAGCUCUUACAACUAACCUACUUUGAUAAACAUUUUCUCAACUUUACUAGAUGUGAACUUUUAACUAUGCAUUCUAAUCAUACAAAUCAUGUUGCAGGUAUAGAUGAUGAAUCAGAAGACGGUAUGUCAUUUAGUGUAUUUAAAUAACGUACAAUAGUGUUAUUA